UUAUAAAAAAGUUACCGGAUUUCAAACGGUCUCGGAGCGGGCGGUGUAUUUGUGUUUGGUUGGGUUCAACAGCUCUGCAUCGCAUAUUGGCAAGAUUCCCUCGGGCGCGCGCGUUACAUAAAAUGAACGUCGUCUUUCGUGCAGCACAAAAAGGAUAAAAAUAGAUUUUCAGAAUUGACGCGUCGAGGAUUGACUAUCGAGUGCGGGCACCAUAGUGACUGAAUCUUCGUGUAGUGUGUGACGAGUGAAAAUCCAAGUGUUUGGCUUAGUGGACUUAAAAGAUGGCUCACCACGUGGAGCCGAUGGAUAUUGACAGUGAUUUCGAUAACAAAGAGAACAGUUUACAUCACAACAAUGUGUUGCCCUUCACAGAGAAGGGCUAUGAAGAGCUGGACGUGUCGGAGCUUAACAUGAAACUCAGGUACUCUAUAACUCCUGCUUCAUCACCUAUGACUAGAAGCUGCACAGCCGACUGUCUAGACAACAAACCUCUAGAGCUAAGCGGUGGUUCCCUAAAUGUCACAGUCAGUGAGAACAAUAACUUAUCACGCUCACUGAAUUCCACAAUGACAAAAAGUGACAGUGUAAUAAAAUCUCUUAAAACAUUACCACUUCAAACGCGUCCUACUGAACAGUUUGUAGAAAAUAGCCGGAGUUCAUUGUCACUGAGGCCCCACGAUGCCACCAUCACACAAGAUAUUACUGUGACAGUUAGUGGGCCCAGUGAUAUUGAUGAGAAUCUGUCUCUGCCAAGCUCAUCAUCAUCUGCAGUCCACACUCCGGAAGCAACAACACCAACUAAAGAUGUUCCUAAGAGUGAUGGUUCUCCUAUAAUGAGGGGGCUUAAAAGUGUUCUUAACAUGUUCAGAUCCUCUCAAAGCCCUAUACCACCUACUGAGAGUGAUGAUGCAAUUAAAUCUGAAAUACUCAGCCCUGUGGAAGGAUCUUCAAAAGUGAAUGAGGGUGAAUCACAAGCUAUGCAGGCAUCAACACCACUAGCUGCUCAUCGGAAGAAAGAAACAAGUCCCACAAAGAGGAGCAGCCCAAACAGAGACAGCAUAGUGUUUAAUGAUGACCUUGAGAAGGAGUUACAGUGGAAAGAUGAAACAACUAUUCUUUUCAGUCAAGAGAGGAUUCCGAUACACAAAUUAUUUUAUGCACAACCUCAAGUGAAGAAAAACAUAGUGGAAGUAUUGAAGACAGAAAAACAAGAUGAUUUGGACUCCACAACUGAAUAUAUGGAUAUUUCUUAUAAUGACUCUAUUAGGGAUAGGACAAUGACUGACAUACAAGCAAAUAAAACUGACUACACUAUAGCUGCCGAAUCUGACAGCGAGUUUGUUGACUGCGAGACAACAUUUACUAAGAAUUCCACAAUGGUGAUUGAAGACAAAGAUGAAACACCUAAAGUUGAUGAAGUAGACCAGACUAAUACAACACCAGAAGUAAAUAAACCAAAUAAUAAUGUAAGUGCUUCUAGACUUAAGCAAAUUAUACUGAACACAACCCAGGAUAUUCUAGAUGCAACACUUUCUAUUACACCAGAAGAUUUAAUUUCACAAACUUUGAAUAACACAUCUGGUGGUAGCCAACUUGAAACUACUGACACUAAUCUUAACUUAACUGGUGAAUUGGCUCCUGAAAUAACAAAUACAACAGUGGAUAAAAUUGAAACUGCUACAAGUAAUGACAUGGUAUCUACUGAGAGUGUAAAACCUAAGGAGCUUGAUGUUACAACAUCAGAAACAAGUGAAUGUGUGAAACCAGUUAUUCCAGAUCAAACCAUAAAUGUUAUUGCUCCAUCAGAGCAUACAGAAUCUAAGACAGACACUGAUGCCACUCAGACAUUCGAAAAUAUUCUAGUUCAGUCAGAAAGUGCUGCCCAAAUUCUUGAUUCUACAAUUAUCAAGGAUGAAACCCCAACACCCAUCUCAGUGACUGAACUUGUACAGCAGGCUAAUGAAAUGAAAGAAACUGUCGAAAAUACCACACAUGUUUCUGAAACUAUAGAACCCACGAAUUCUAGUCCUGCACCUUUAGAUGAAGCCAUAACAAAGCCAUUAUCUACUGAUGAUAUUGUAACUAGUCCUAUUGAAAUACUGACUGAUUUACCUGUUGACAUUCCAUUACCUGACGAAGAUGACAUUGACAAAGAUGUUCCUGAUAGUGCUGCAGUUGAAGUCCCUGCUCCUUGCAAUUUGCCACUGGACCUUGUGGACCAUAUUCAAGCGAAAACAGAAUCUCAUGAGACACAAAGUGGUAUAAUUGAAGAGGUGAAAUUGGAUGAAAAUGUUAAUAUUACUGUUGAAAAUGUGUCACCUGUAGUGGCAUUACCUGAAAUAGCAGUAAUAGAUAAUGGUAAUAAACAAAAUCAAAUGGAGGAUAUUCACUCUGAAGCAGAUCUAAUUCAAGAAGUUAUACAAUCAGAUGUAAGCAACGAAAAACCAAUAUCCAAUGAACUACAAAACAAAGAGCUAGAUGACUUACCAGAGGUCCUUCCCAUUUCGAAUACCCAAAGUAUAAAUCAGGAGCAAGGUGAUGUCUCAAAAGCUGUAGAAGCAUUAAACAUUAUGAAUAAUGUUACAGAGUCCGUCAACGCUAAUGACACACCUAAUGAACUAAAUAUCAUUAAAAAUCCAGAUGAAGUUGUGCCUAUGGAUAUCAAUGAAAGUAUGGAAUCAAAACCAUUACCUGACAUCAUUAAUCAGACAAUUACUAUGUCUAAUGCAGAAAAUGUAGAACAAAAUACUUCCCAUGAACUUCCACAAGUAGGAGAUGCGUUGCCAGAGCAAAUAGGUUUUGAACAGGAAGAGUCUCAAGCGCCAUGUCCUGAGAUAAUAUCAGAUGCUGGGAACAAUGAGGUUCCAGAACUUAUAUCUGAUGUUGUGACUGCUCCGAUAAGUGAAGAAUCUAACGUGACAGCAGAUAUAGUUCCUACUGAGUUGCCUAUUGAAACAUCGAAUGAAGAAACAGCUUUGCCUGUAACUGAAACUCAUUCUAUUGAUUCGCCGGUUGUUUUAGAAAAUAUGAGUGCAGAAGUACAACCAAAUGUAGGUACAGAAAUUCAGCCUGAUACUGUUCCAGACGAAGCUAUUAAAGUACCUACAGAUGUAAGUGAGAGUGACAAGAAUGAUGUCAAAGCUACAGAAGAAGAAAUUGUACUUUCUGAAAACGACAGUCCGUUCGUGUCAGUUAUUGCUGAAAAUGUUGCUGAAGUGAAACCUGAAGAUAUAGAUGUGAUUAAAAAGCUUGAAGACGAGUAUAUAAGUAAAGCGAAACGUACUCCACCUCCAUCUCCUCCGAUUUCUUCCAAAGGCUACAACUUUAAUUUCGAUGAAAUUGAUGACCCAUUUGCAACAAAAACUAAUAUCAGGAUGUCCCCGCCGCUAGACACGCCUGCAAAAGUGACAGAAAUUAAAACCACUCCUAAAAUUGUCGAAAAGCCUAUGCCGAAAAAAGAAAUGGCCAACAGAAGGAAGUCACAACCUGAAAGAAAAAAACCUGUUGCUCAUAAGAGGAAAUUUAACUCAACAUAUGAUAGUACAGCUAAAGAAAAUACAGCUGAAAAGGUUCCUGAAAAAUUUGCCUCCGGCGACGUGAUUCUCGAACCAGUCACCAACGUUGCCUUAGAUACAAAAAAUGACACUAUUGAAGAAGACAAAAUUGUCCUAGAAGACAAGCAAAAUGCCACUAAAGAAAUACUACAAUCAGAGUUGACAGUUGAACAUGAAGAUAAAAUUGAAUUGGCACCUGCUGUGGAAGCUAUAGAAAGUACUGAAUCGGAAACAGCGCUGUCUAAGGAGUUGAAAACAACUUCGUCGUCAGAACAGUCUACUUACUUCUCAGCAGGAACCUCGUCCAGUGAGAGUAUCCACACCAGGAACGUCUUCAACUUGCCCGAAAUUGAUGACAUGGACUUUAAUCCUUUUGUAACAAAAUCUAAAAUGCGUCAGUCUCCACCGCCCGGUUCUGAAGUAGAAAAUUCUUGUGAAAUUAAUAAAGAUGUAACUUAUUCUCCGAAAAUAUCUAUAGAAGAAAAAAGUAAUGAAAAUAACUUAGAUACAACUCAUGCUGUUUUGGCAAAUGAUAAAAUAGAAACAGAACACAUCGAGAAAGAAGCUUUUGAAAAUUUAAGUAACACCACUGUUUCAUCGAAAUCUACUGAAGGUAGAAAUGCAACCUCAAGAGAUAUUAAUACAGAAGAUGAAGAUACCAUUGAAGGUCCCUUCCUUGAGUCGGAAGAUCUGAACAGUGAAGCCAAAUUGUCAGAUUUUGAAGAUGAAAAUAUAGACAUGAUGCAAUUCCAUGACCUGCCAGCUCGCAAAAAUGCAGAAAACGUUGACUCAGGUGAACUGUUCAUUGAUGCCGAGGCUUUCGAGUUUCUAUUAAACCAAAAUCAGAGUAACACAAUAGCUGACAGCGGUAAAGAAAGCUUGUUCUUAAAGUUUGACCCCUUGUUUGCUAAGCGUAUGUCGUCGGUUGCAACCGAUUCUGUCGUUGCGGCUUUAGGGAAGUUACAGAAGAAGCAAAGUACUCCUACUAAACCUGUGAUACCACCACAACCAGAAGUAGUAUCUCCCAUCGCUGGACCGUCUAACUUGAACGUUACUCAAGAUUUAGACAUGAACAUGAGCGAAGACUACAAUGAAGAUCUUAACAUCACAGUAUCUAAACCAAUGAUGGUAGUACCUCCCGCCGUCAACCCAGUUACACCGAGAAACAAAACAAUAACUCCUAACAGAUCAAACAGGCGUUCUAUCACAUUCACCUCUCCUGCCAUGGCUGUUAUCGACAGACUCUUGUCACUGAGCGGUAAUAGUUCCCUGCACGAAACCCCAGUUCAAGUGAGCAGAGAGCAAACUGAAGCAGAAAUAGCCCUCGCGCAGCUUAGAGAACUAUUAGCAGAAAAGGAAAUUCAUGUUUACACUCUCAGAAACGAAAGCAAAGAAUUAAAAGAAAGAUUAACUACAUUAGAAACACACUUAAAAAGUUUAGAAGUAGAAAAUAAAGACAGGUUGAAGAAGAUCAAUGACUUAAACGAUAGGCUCGCAGAGAAGACAAAAAUGAAUAAAAGCAUGGCCGCAGUUGUCGAAGAAUAUGAAAGAACGAUAGCAACAUUGAUCGCCGAAAAAGCGCAAACAGAAAAGAAGAACGCUGAGGAAAAAAUUAAGUUAAUCAAUGAGAGGGACGAACAAAUCGCCCAUUUAGCCAGCAUGGAGGGGUCCUUCAAUGACCUGCACAGCAAGUAUGAGAAGAGUAAACAAAUCUUACUCAACUGCAAGGCGAACGAAGACGCCUACAUGAAAUCCAUUACCAACUUUGAGGAAAACCUGUCAAAAAUGCAGAAAAAUUACGAGUUACUAAAACAACACGCGACUUCUAAACUAAAUCAUGCCAAUCAUGAGUUAGAGAAGAUGAGCAAGUUGCAUGAGGUGGAGAUAUUGAAGCUUAACGCCAUGAUUAAGAGGAAGGAACUCCAUAUUGCGUCGCUAGAGGAGUCUCUCACGCAGAAGACGAAAGCGAACGAGGAGCUAACGGCCAUAUUCGAUGAGCUCAUCAAUAAGGUUGGCUGAACAAAUUCCCCUGUGAGUCUGUGAUCUAGGCGGAUACUCCGAGACUUGCUUUUGUGCUUAUCAUGAGAUAGGUAGCCUAAGUUGAGACUAGUCUCUGCGAUAUUGUGCCAAAUCAUAUUAGUGUACUACGUUUAUCUGUUGUUUGUUAUACCCUGUAAGUUAGUGGCUUGGAUACCUUUCACAGUGAAUACUCUUUCCCUUGCCAACUUUUCAAAUAACUUUCCUAUCUUUAUUUUUAUCGUUUUAUUUGAAUCAUGUUAAUGUAUUCUGCCAUGUUCAAAGGUUCCCCUAAGGAAGUCUUCAUUAUAAUGUCUUAUUUUAGUAUGUCGUGUAUUUUUAACGUUCUUUUUCCCUGAUUAAUUAUCCAGGCCACUAUAAGGUGUCUACUCCAAGACUGCAAAAUGUGAUAAAAAUUGAAUUCUCUAAUCAUGUGACAAUGUAUAACGAGAUCGCGUAAUAUUUCAAUCUUUAUAAUCAUAACUCAGCACUUUCAUAUUAUGCUGGCCAUAAUAAAGCAAGUGUGCUCUAUAGUUCGAAUUAUAAAGUUAUAUCUAGACACAGAUUUCGAAAUAAUGAAAAGAAAUAGUAUAUAUUUUUCGCAUGUUUAAACUGUUGUAUUUAUAGUCCCCAGAUAUUUAUUUUGUAUGUAUAAAUUUACGCAAAUAUUUUUCGGAAAAUAUAAGUACACGUAAUGAUAUUUUUGUAGAUAUAUUUGUGAAAACUUGAUCUAGAAUUUGGUGUUUAGAUUUAAUUAUGUUUAUCGUGUGUUUAAUGAGACGAGAUGAGACUGUUUGUAGAAUAGCAAUAGCAACACAAAACUGGGAUUCAUGUUUAUACGUCUUGACAUCCGCCUCGCAUCGACUGAUGCAAGUUUGUGAAAACACUUUUUAUAUUUGACCAGCUUUUAUAAUGAUUACUAUUGAUUUAAGUUUGACAUUGCAAGAUUCUUACGUACCGAUCUCUGGGUUUCUCUACAUUAGGGUUUAAUUUCAGCCGUGACAUUAAAUUGUUGAAUGUGAAUGAAUACGGUCCUCCAUGCACGGGUUGUUGUCAGUUAUUUUUGUAUGAUAUAGAAAUGAGUAAUUAUUUUAGUUAAUAAAGUUGUCAUUUUUA